AAGAGCGCCGAAGGUGUCACCAAGGCCCGCCCUGUCCUCCCUAUCCACCUCUUUUACCCCCCAUGUUCCCUCCCCCAACCCCCCCACCUCAAGUCCGGCGGACCCGGGGGCUUCAGGAGCUGGGAGCUAUGAAAAGUGUCUGCCCAGGCACUUCCGGUUUUUCUUCCCCCAAUCCCUCUGCUGCUUCUGCUGCUGCUCAGGAGGUCAGAUCUGCCGCUGAUGGUAAUCCCAGCACCACUCCGCCCACCUCUGCCAAGAAGAGAAAGUUAAACAGCAGCAGCAGUAGCAGCAGUAACAGUAGUAACGAGAGAGAAGACUUUGAUUCCGCCUCUUCCUCUUCCACCCCUCCACAACCUAGAGAUUCGGCGUCCCCUUCAACCUCGUCCUUCUGCCUCGGGGUUCCAGUGGCCGCUUCCAGCCACGUACCGAUACAGAAGAAGCUGCGUUUUGAAGACACCCUGGAGUUUGUAGGGUUUGAUACGAAAAUGGCUGAGGAAUCCUCCUCCUCCUCAUCUUCCUCAUCUUCGCCAACCGCUGCAACCUCACAGCAGCAGCAGCAGCAGCAACUUAAAAAUAAGAGUAUAUUAAUUUCUUCUGUGGCUUCAGUGCACCAUGCAAACGGCCUGGCCAAAUCAUCCACCACGGUCUCUAGCUUUGCUAACAGCAAGCCUGGCUCGGCUAAGAAGUUAGUGAUCAAGAACUUUAAAGACAAGCCUAAAUUACCAGAAAACUAUACAGAUGAGACAUGGCAGAAGCUAAAAGAAGCGGUGGAAGCUAUUCAGAAUAGUACUUCAAUUAAGUACAAUCUAGAAGAACUCUACCAGGCCGUAGAAAAUCUUUGUUCUUAUAAGAUAUCUGCAAAUUUGUAUAAACAACUGAGGCAGAUCUGUGAAGAUCACAUCAAAGCACAGAUUCAUCAGUUCAGAGAGGAUUCAUUGGAUAGUGUUCUUUUUCUGAAAAAGAUUGAUAAAUGCUGGCAGAAUCAUUGUAGGCAAAUGAUAAUGAUCAGGAGCAUUUUUUUGUUUCUGGAUAGAACUUAUGUUCUUCAGAAUUCAAUGCUACCCUCCAUUUGGGACAUGGGAUUAGAGUUAUUUAGGGCUCAUAUUAUAAGUGAUCAAAAAGUCCAGACGAAAACAAUUGAUGGCAUCCUUCUCUUGAUUGAGAGAGAGCGAAAUGGUGAAGCAAUUGACAGAAGUUUACUUCGAAGCCUUUUAAGUAUGCUGUCUGAUUUGCAAAUUUACCAAGACUCUUUUGAACAGCGAUUUUUAGAAGAAACUAACCGGCUUUAUGCAGCUGAAGGUCAAAAGUUAAUGCAAGAAAGAGAGGUUCCUGAGUAUCUUCAUCAUGUUAAUAAACGCCUAGAAGAAGAAGCAGACAGACUUAUUACUUACUUAGAUCAGACCACCCAGAAGUCACUAAUUGCUUCUGUUGAAAAACAACUUCUAGGUGAACACUUAACAGCGAUUCUUCAGAAAGGUUUAAAUAACCUCCUUGAUGAAAACCGAAUUCAAGAUUUGUCUCUCCUGUAUCAGCUCUUCAGUCGAGUUCGAGGUGGAGUUCAGGUUCUCUUACAGCAGUGGAUUGAGUAUAUCAAGGCUUUUGGAAGUACUAUUGUUAUUAAUCCUGAAAAGGAUAAAACCAUGGUUCAAGAACUGUUGGACUUUAAAGAUAAAGUUGACCAUAUAAUUGAUACCUGCUUUCUGAAAAAUGAAAAAUUUAUCAAUGCUAUGAAAGAAGCAUUUGAAACAUUCAUUAAUAAGAGACCAAAUAAACCAGCUGAACUGAUAGCUAAGUAUGUGGAUUCAAAACUUCGUGCAGGCAACAAAGAAGCUACAGACGAAGAGCUUGAGAAAAUGUUGGAUAAAAUAAUGAUUAUAUUUAGAUUUAUCUAUGGCAAAGAUGUUUUUGAGGCCUUCUAUAAGAAAGAUUUAGCCAAACGCCUAUUAGUUGGUAAGAGUGCAUCUGUAGAUGCUGAAAAAUCGAUGCUGUCCAAACUGAAACAUGAAUGUGGAGCUGCAUUCACCAGCAAGCUUGAAGGGAUGUUUAAAGACAUGGAGCUUUCUAAAGACAUCAUGAUCCAGUUCAAACAGGUCACCACCUUCAAACAGGGAAUGGAGCAGUUGAAAAACCUGAGACUUGGGCUGGCUGGUGGGUAUAUGCAGAACCAGAAUGUACCUGGCAAUAUUGAAUUAACUGUGAAUAUCCUGACAAUGGGUUACUGGCCAACAUAUGUGCCUAUGGAAGUCCAUUUGCCACCAGAGAUGGUAAAGCUUCAGGAAAUUUUCAAGACAUUUUACUUAGGCAAACACAGUGGCAGGAAACUCCAGUGGCAGUCAACCUUGGGACACUGUGUACUAAAAGCUGAAUUUAAAGAGGGCAAAAAAGAACUUCAGGUCUCUCUUUUUCAAACCCUGGUGCUGCUAAUGUUUAAUGAAGGGGAGGAAUUCAGUUUAGAAGACAUCAAGCAAGCUACUGGGAUAGAGGAUGGAGAAUUAAGGAGAACACUGCAAUCCCUAGCCUGUGGCAAAGCUAGAGUUCUGACUAAAAAUCCAAAAGGCAAAGAUAUCGAAGAUGGUGACAAAUUCAUUUGUAAUGACGAUUUCAAACACAAACUAUUCAGAAUAAAGAUCAAUCAAAUCCAAAUGAAAGAAACGGUUGAAGAACAAGCAAGCACUACAGAAAGAGUAUUUCAAGAUAGACAAUACCAAAUUGAUGCUGCGAUUGUCCGAAUUAUGAAGAUGAGGAAAACACUUAGCCACAAUCUUCUUGUUUCAGAGGUCUACAAUCAGCUAAAAUUUCCAGUAAAACCUGCAGAUCUAAAGAAGAGAAUAGAAUCCCUAAUUGACCGGGACUACAUGGAAAGAGAUAAAGAAAACCCAAAUCAGUACAACUAUAUUGCAUAAAAUGUUGGCCUUGAAACAUUUGUUGUCAUAUGACGUAGCCAAUGGAUAAACUAACUUGUUGAAUCUCAUAUUAUUUGACUUCUUUUAUACUUCUGAUGACCAAAUGAAGCAGUGUAAUGGAAAUAGUUCCGUGGACUUUUCUCAGUGGUUAACAUGCCCAUUUUAAAGAGUAAUACCUAACCUUUAAGAAGAAUGUUGUUGAACUCUUUGCAUGUUAUUUAGUAUGAUGUGCAGAAAACUCUAAGAAAGUACCCGGUCUUCAUGAUUCCUUUUGGAACUGGGGAAGAGACCCCUGUGGCCCUUAAAAGGGGGAGGGGAAUUCUUAUACAUCAUCAAUGAAGCAAAAGGUUUAUUUGCUUAAAAGUCACCUAAAGAUACUUAAACUGCAUGCAAACUUUAUUUACUGUACAGAGUUCUGGAUGUAUUUAUGAAUAGAAAAACCACCCUGGACUUGGUUGUUCACCCGUUUUGUGGUUUCUCUUGGAAAGAAAAAUAAGUUAUCAUUCUGUUGGCAUUCUGUUACACUGAAGGGAUUGGUUAAGAAACCUUAUUUGGAAACAGGUUUUUCAAGUAGGGCGACAGUUACUUCCAUAAUACCUUACAUAUUCACAUCCUAAAGGUUUCCAUUUAUGAGUAUGGGAUGUGUACAUAUGACUUAGCCCCAAAUUUACUGUGCUGAUUAACAGCUACUUAUUAAAAUAGAUAAGAUAGAAAAAAUUGCUGAUCAUUUUGUACUAGAACAUCAUUAAGAGGGAGAAGUUCAGUUCUUUUUAUUAAAAACGAAUGCAGUAUGAAAAUCACAGGAGACAGAAAUCAACCUGUUCUGUAAUUUACAGAAGCAAAAUCACCAGCUACUUUUCAUUAUGCUUCAGUCUUUAAAUGUUGUUUGGAUCGUUUUAUCUUUAACUUGGGCCAAUUGUCAUUGUUAGAGGCUUCCUGGGAUUUGCAUUCCAGUUUUUUUCUACUGAAGUGGGGUUUUUUUUGGAAGCAUCUCUUAUCUUUGUUGGUAAACAAAGCUUUUGCUUUCAUCCCCCUCCUGACUUGGAGAAACUCUACAUGUGGUUCUCCCUUACAUAUUCCCUAUUCGAAAACUUCAGGGUCUGUAUUCUUUUUUUAAUUGCUUGAAUUUAAGAGUUCUCAUAGCCACUGGACACCUGCUUUUCAGGAACAUGUCCCCAAAUUAUUCGCACACAGAAUAACAAAAGUAUUGUUCUUCAAAUUCAAAAUGUGAGUAAAAGACCUCUCUUCAUCACCAGAGGUUUUUGCUUUGCUUCCUGGUUUCUUUUUCUAUGAAAGGAAUUGGUUGCCAGAGAGAAGCAGAUAGUUUUUAGUGUUCAUUUUAAAGUAGAACUUCUUCAGUGCUUUGUCCACCAGCAUAUUUCCUUGUCUUUCUGGAGCCAUUAGGGGGACUGCUUAGACCUGAAUGUUCAGCUUAGGAGACUUGGGGCUCUUAUGUCUACUAUUGGUGAUUUUCUUGAAUUUUCAAAGACCUGUGGCCAGCUGUAUUUUUUUAAGUUGCCCAUUUUUCUCUAAUGCAUCAACUUGCACACUGUUUGACUAUAUAUAGUAUUUAGAAUUAGCAUCCCAAUUGUUUUUGAGCAGCUAUUUCGUAUAUUUUUGUCCAGCUCCUUCCUGAUUCUUUACAGGAGCUCUUCUGACAAGGAAAUAAAUGUGGCUGUUAUUAUGUUUA